AUGUCUUCGGUCAUAAUCCCCAAGAACUGCCUUCGCCUGGGUUGUGGGUUUGCAGUUUUGAAUAAUAAUUCCCCAGAUGAUCCAUCGCAACAGCUAUCUCUUCGAACACUGCGCGCUUUCGCUCCCAGGUUCGAGGUGAAUCAUGGUAAUGAUUUGGAAAGCGAGCUCGCACAAUACGGCCCAAUCCAUCAAGUCCCGGCAUUUGCUUCUUGGCUUGAGCAGCGAGAUCGAGACUUUACCUCACAACCCCAGCAGUCUCGUCUAUGGAUCACUGGAUCUCCCAACACUGACCGGGUUGCUUUCGUCUCUGUAGCGCUCCAGACUCUUCGACGUCGAACUUCCCGGAAUGAGGUCAAGACUCAAGUUCUCUACUUCCUCUGCAACCGACAAGACGUGGCUUGCAACAACGCCGCAGCGAUUCUCAAAGGAUGGAUGUACCAGCUUCUCGUCCAGCGCCCAGACAUCUGCCAAGAACUCUGCAAAUGGUUUGAGGAUCCAGAUAAUCGUCACUUCCAUUUGGACAACGUUGGCAUGCUAUGGCAUGAGUUUCGACACGCACUUGUCGAUGGCGACGCGGGAACCACUUACUGCAUCAUCAGCGAUCUACACGAAUGCGACGAGAAGAGCGUCCAGGUGAUCACCAAGCUCCUAUCCGAACCGUUUACUUCGGAGCAUUGUCUUGGAAACGAUGUUCGGAUCAAAGUACUUAUCACGAGCCGCGUCAUUCCUUUGUCAGACCAAUUUGAGAAACUUGACCUGGACGUACUGACAGCGAGUAACGCGGGCUUCAACUUGACGUUCAGCAACUCUCCAACACCUGGCAAAUUGUUCCAGAGCAUCAACAGCGAUGUCAGGAGUUACUGCCUGGUCGGUCUCGAGAUAUUAGCGGCACUGAAAUCCCGCCCGACCAUAGAAACGCUGCGAAAUCUCAUAGGCUUGUCUGAUUCCGAUGACGCCUUCAACGAGAUACUCGACCAUUGCCGGCUCUUGAUUGAGAUUCAAGACGAUCGAGUUCAAUUUGUUUCCUCGACUGUACGCGACUUCUUUGCAUACCCCAAAAACGCCUCGUCGAUCCACGCAAGCCUCGCGCAAGAUUGUCUGAAAAUCUUGAAGCAGGAACUUUGCGAUCAAGACAUAGCUAAUCUUGACAGGAUGAGCAGGCAGUGUGACUAUGACAUCAACACCUUACAAUAUGCAGUGCUGCACUGGGCUGACCACAUUAGACUCGCACCUGACAAUACUAUCGACCUGCUGCCUGAUAUCUUGGACGUAUUUGCUCAGAGCCAAGGCCUAGCACAGAAGUGGUGGACCGUUCAUCUGCGAAUGUUUCAUCACAUCUCCCAAAUCGACGUUGUGAGAUUCCACACCAACACAGCCAUACAUCCAACGACGGUGCUGCACGCCUUGGCUCGUUUCAAUCUACAUCGAGUACUCUACGAGGUUCGCAACAGCUCCCACUGGGUUGGACUUCAAUAUUGCAUGCGCUCCACGGACAGCUUUGGCAUGGACCCUCUGGCAGUAGCGCUGUCUAUGCACCACACCAAAAGCGCCAAAUUCUUUAUUCAACAGGGCGUGACCAUCAACGCGAUGCAUGUGCGUUUCGCUGCUGACUCGAGUGUAGAGCUUGCUGGCAUAGUCUUCGAAGACUUCCUCCAGCGGUGCCCUUCUACGCUGUUGAGUGAGAACGACGUCGAUCUGAUCCUGCACAAAGUUGUGACAACCGGAGACGAGGCACGUGUCGCGCAAGCAAUCGAGUUCCUGAAGACCAACAACCCAAGCCGCUUUCCAUGGACCAGAGUUAAUUCGCUAGGACGAGCAUUCAGUUGCGGUCACGACCACGUCGUCAAGAUGCUUCUCGACAUCACUGAUCUAGACAGCGACGACGCCAUUCCAGAGAUCAUCGCACAUACAGUAGACGGUCACGAAGACGCAAUCACAAAGCAUCUACUCAAGCUUCCAAGAUUCGCAUCCUUCGUCACCAGUGAUAAGCUCAUCGAUUCGCUCACCCUUGCUAUCCGCCUCAAAUGCUUCACGAUUGUCAACCUUCUUGUCAACGCUGCUAAUAUGAACCGCAAAGACCGCUGGGGCUGGACCCCCCUGGAAGUUGGCGCCAUGUACGGUAACCCCCACGCCAUCUACAGACUCUUGCUUCUGGGGUGCGGGGUCCAGGGUACAUCACGCGAGGCUGGCGUUGCAUUGCAUCUCCUCAUUCACGAAGCCGGCGUCAGCGUUGGUAUGCCCGUGCUUGAAGAGCUACUGCUGCGAGGCGCGCGCAUGCAAUACGUACACUUUGGCAUUACGGCGCUGCAUGUUGCCGCGGAACAGGGCCGGGCGGAAAUCAUGGCCAUGGUGUUGGAGAGUAUGUCAGACGCGGAGAUUGAGGAGGAUAUCGAUCGGCUGCCGAGUAGUCUGCAUGGGGAGUGGCGGGAUAAAACUGCUCUUGCGAUCGCGGCGGUGAAGGGGUAUGGGGAGAUCAUUAGGCUACUACUUGAGGCGGGGGCGGAUGAGGCGAUCACGGACAAAGAUGGCAAGACGGCGCUGGAGUUGGCAAGCGAGGCUGGAUGGGUGGACGUUGUGGAAGUGUUUGAGCAUGUGCAUACGCGCCGCGAGAAGCAGAAAGAGAAGAAGAGGAAGAAGAAGCAGGAUAGGAAGAAGAGGGGUAAGAAGUAG